AAUUAGAAACAUUUCAAAAAUAAUUAUAUCAUCUGCUAAGAUUUUAACUUUUAAUUUAUACAGUAAAUAUAGAAAUUUGGAUGUAAAUAUUGUUUUAUUAAAACAACAAUUUAUUUUAUUUGUGAUACAAAAGUAUUUGCUGAAUACAAAAUUGUCUAAAUGAAGCACAAAUACUUACAUGUGUCUAAAUAUAAAUUUUGAGUAUACAUUAGACAAAGCAAAAAAAUAAUUAGUUCUAUAAGAUUUAAGAUGAAAAUAUUGGUUUCACAAUUUCGACAUUUCUUGGUAUUUAUGUCAAAAAUAUGGACAUAUAUUUGUUAUUUUUUUAAUAAAAAGGUACGAUCAUAUGAACCAGUGAAGUAUGUUGUAUAUCCACUAUCACCGGUGUCAAGGCAUCGUUUAACAAUAGUUUUACGAAAAACUCUGGUAUUGGAUUUAGAUGAAACAUUAAUUCAUUCACAUCAUGAUGCAAUGUCAAGAAAUACUGUACAGCCAGGUACUCCACAUGAUUUUACAGUAAAAGUUGUGAUAGAUAGGCGUCCAGUAAGAUUUUUUGUACACAAAAGGCCGCAUGUUGAUUUCUUUUUGGAUAUUGUGUCACAGUGGUACGAUCUGGUGGUUUUUACAGCAAGUAUGAAAAUAUAUGGCGCUGCUGUUGCAGAUAAAUUAGAUAAUGGAAGAAACAUAUUGCAAAGAAGAUAUUACAGGCAGCAUUGUACUCCAGACUUCGGUUCCUACACAAAAGAUUUAUCAGCUAUAUGUAACGAUUUAAGUAGAAUAUUUAUUAUCGACAAUUCACCAGGUGCAUAUCGUUGUUUUCCACAUAAUGCAAUACCCAUAAAGAGCUGGUUUUGUGAUCCAAUGGAUAAUUCAUUAUUGACCCUCUUACCAUUUUUAGAUGCUUUAAGAUUUACAAGUGAUGUACGUUCAGUGUUAUCAAGAAACUUGAACUUACAUCGCUUGUGGUAGACAAAAAUUUAAAAAUCCAAAUAUAAAUAAAUUAUAAUAAAAUACAAUUAUAUGUAUUUUUGACAACAAAGUAAAGAGAUUAUUUGACCAAAACUAUUAUUUUUUAAUUAAAAUUGUAAAUUUAAAUUAUAAUUAUAUUUUUGCAGUACUUAUUUGUUUUAAAUAUUUGAAAGAAAAAUUAUAUUUUUUUUUAAAUAUAUAGGGUAUAAUUUCUAUAGUGAUUUUGAUUUUAAGUUACAGAGAUAAAAAGAGGCGUAAAUAAAGCAUUGAAUUAUGAUUACGUUUAACUAUUUUUAUUAUUUAGAGACAAGUCGAAAAAAUUAUUAAAUAAUUUUAAAAUCAAAGAUUUAAAGAGAAGUAUUUUGAAUUAAUUUAAAAUUAUGAUUUUUGAUCAGCAAUAAAGAGUUAUUAAAAUAGUUUUAAAUUUUUUUUUCGAUGUUUAAUUUAAACAAACAAAAAAAAAACACCCAUG